AUGUCGACGGGUGAGCCCAGUAGUACUAUGACAAUAUCUCUUCCACUCAACAUCGGAUAUUACGACUCAUCCUUGUCGUCGUCGGCCUCCAGCUGGAAGCUAAUGCACAACAAUGGAGGGAUGAAUAAUACAGCAUGUAGCAGCAACAGCAGUUACGAGACUACUUUCAUGCAGGGAAGCGUAAGCAGCCUUUCCCUCCAUAAGAUCAACGCCCGAGCUCCUCCUCCUCAUUUCAUCUGGUCCAACGUCGUCAACUCCCUCGACUUUCUAGACUCAUCCUCCUCCUCCUCCGGUGGGACAAUCCCCGUCAAAAGAGACUGCAGCACCGGGGACUUACAGGGGAUAAACAUGCUGCUGCAAUACUAUAGGAGGUCGGAGAGCCAGUUGAUAUCGAACGAGGAGAGUUGCAGCAGCAUCAUGGAGGGAAUGAGCAAGGCUUGCCGUUAUAGCCCCGAGGAGAAAAGGGAGAGAAUUCACAAGUAUAGAACCAAGAGAAACCUCAGGAACUUCAACAAGACCAUUAAGUAUGCCUGUAGGAAGACGCUAGCAGACAGCAGGCCACGCAUUAGGGGGCGUUUCGCCAGGAAUGACGACCAUAUAGAGAAACUACUGGCUAACCAUUAUCAUCAUCAUCAACAACCUGAUAAUGAAGAUCACGAGGAAGAGAACUGGACUAGCUUUCUGGAAGCGUUUUCCUCCGAUUUAAUCCCAUAA